AUGUCGUCUGUUGCACAGAAAUCGUCGGCAGCGGCGCUCUUUACUAUGGGAUCGCUCGAGGCGGUUGCAAUCGCGCGCGCUCCUCUGCUUGAGCUGCGCAGAAAAAUUGAGGAGGAAGUGCGAACUGCUCUGCCCACCGACGAUUCACAAAAAGUUGUGCACUCGCCGCUCUUGGCAUUCGUAAACAUGGUCGUGGCCGAUGGCAAGGAGCUCCCUGCUACUGUGGACAGUGUACGACGACAAGUGCUAUCAGAUGUGGACUUGUACCUAAGCAACAAGCGGAAGCAGCGAAUGCUGCUCAAAUUGUACAAUCCCCUUCAUGGCAUGUCUGAGCAAGAACGGAUUCGAGCCACGGCGCGGACAGUUGGCCUCGACAUUCCCCAAAAAAAGACGGACUUGAGCUGA